AUGGUAAAUUUAAUUGUCCUGAAUGCCCAAGCAAGCUCAGUACUCCUACCACAUUUAACACUCACCUUAAAAACAAGCAUGACGGCCACUUUACAAAGCCUAAAUCUAAAUUUAGACGACAUUAAUUCAAAUCAAUCUCAAAAAGCUUUUAAAUAUGAUAAAAACACUGUCAUAGUCUUGGCGUCUACAUCGUCAGACAACAUAGGUGAAGUGUUAACCGAUCAGCCUUCUGGU